UUCCGCCCGGGCCUCGUGCGCCUCCGCCAUGGGCUGGGAAGAGGCGUCGGUGCGGGGCUUCGCCGAGUUCGAGCGCGUCGCCGGGCAGAAGCUGCGCAGCCAGGGCCGCGGCCGCGUCUUCGCUUACUUCAGCGGCGACAAGGACCCCGCCAGCGGCGCCAGCUGGUGCCCGGACUGCGUCAAGGCUGAACCCAUUGUGCGGGCCGAGCUCCCACACCUGCCCGAUGGAGCCGUGUUCAUUUACUGCCAAGUAGGAGAGAGAGCCUACUGGAAAGAUCCCAACAAUGAAUUCAAGAAGAAUCUUAAGCUAACCGGAGUACCUACACUGCUUAAAUAUGGAACCCUUCAGAAAUUGGUGGAAGAAGAAUGCUUUAAUGCGGAGCUUGUACGGAUGCUGUUCACAGAAGACUGAGCAGCUCUGCUUCCGUCGGGAUGGUGCUACCCAGCUGAGGAGCUGUCCAGCAGGCCUGGGAAGGGGGCCCAUUAUGUCUUAAAGUGCCGGCAAAUAGGCUCAUGGUUUAGAAAACAACCGAUCUGAAUAAAAUCUUAGAACCGGA